AUGAACUCGUUUCAUCAAGUUAACCGUGUCGGUGAUGUCAAUUCCGACAAGACAUCCAAAAAUACAGCCACAUAUCAGCGAGUCAACUUGGGCGCACUUCAUCAAAUUAACCUUGUCGGUGGUGAUAUCGGUUCCAUCAUCAACCCAAGCGUUACUAAUAAUCAAAAUUUGCAAAUCAGGCGAGGAAUGCAGCUUUUCGUUAAAAGUCUUACUGGGAAAACUAUAACUUUGGAAUGCCAAGCAAGUGAUACCAUAGGCAAGCUAAAAGAAUUAAUUCAGAACAAAGAGGGUAUUCCACCAGACCAAAUGAGACUUAUUUUUGCAGGCAAACAACUGGGAGAUGAUUUUACGCUCGCAAGUUAUAACAUUCAAAAGGAGAGUACAAUACAUAUGAUUAUACGUCUUCGUGGUGGAGAAUAUGUGAUCAGUUAUUUACCCUCAAGUGCUUUGCACCCGAGAUACGAUUACGAUUUUACACACAUUAAGGAUAUUGGGGUCUCUGGAAGAUAUGACAAUGGUGAUGAUACUUGGCUUGGUACUGGUGAUUCAGCUUGGCCAGUGUCUUAUCAUGGUACCGCCAAGCAUAAUACGAGAUCAAUUUCCGAAGAAGGAUAUUUGUUGAGUAAGGGAAAACGUUUUGCUUUUGGACGGGGUAUUUAUUCAACGCCUGAUGUUCGCGUAGCCGAACGUUAUGCAACGGAAUUUGAGUUUGCCGGGAGGACAUACGUGAUAGUGAUCCAAAAUCGAGUAAAUCCAAAAGGUUUGGUCAAGAUUAAGGCGACGAGAACUGGAGUUGGCGAGUAUUGGAUUUCCAAGGAUGGAGAAGACGUUAGGCCGUACGGAAUUUGUAUAAAAGAAAAGAUAUGGUCAUAA